AAACACAUAUUGUGCAGCUUCCAGCGAACAUGACCACCAAACGCAUCGCUGCUUUUUAUGGUUUACAUCGAAGCAGCCAUCGGAUAUUUGCCAGCCAUUGAUGCUCAUUGCCCACAACAUAGGAUGAUUUGAUUGCGCGGGUGCGUCUUCACGGUUUGAAACAUUCUUGGACACGGCCAUGGCAGACAGCAAAGCCGAGCCGGCAUCAUUGGAUCUCAGCAUAUACCCACCAAUAUUUGUUUCCGCCACUCACUUGGAUACGGACGGUCUUCACAAGUUCGAAUAUGAGCUUGCUAAUGCAGGCGCCGCUUUGACGUAUGACAUCCAGGAAGCAGAGCUUGUACUGAGCAAAGCAACGAAGAAGGGGCGCAUCCAACUUGAUCUGCGUAGGAAAGGCCUUUGGACUAAAGACGUGACAUCCGAACCUGCAAAGGAGCGCCAUCCCGAUGCAUCUCUUGCCGUAAGAACAAGGAAACGGAAGCGCAGCGAUCCAGAAGAAGCCAAAGUGUCUGAGAAGAACACGAUCACAAUUGAUGAUUCAAGUACAGCCUCUGAGGGAGAGGCGGAUUCCACAACGCAACGAUCAGCCACAGCGUCAAAAGUCUUCAAGCAUAUCCCCAAGCAAUCGCAGGCUACACAUGAUUCAGAAUCGCAGGAACAGAAGGCAGAACGUAUGGUCACUGUGGUCAAGCUCGAGUGGUUCACCGAUUCUCAACAGCGCGGCUCCACGCAGUCGUUGAAUGAGUACGUUACAUAUCGUGGCCGUUCUGUCAUUACGCCUAAAUCCGGCCGCGGCAUCCUGGAGCGGGCAAAGGAAGACGCACCGGCCUCCGGUUCCAAGGUUGACCGCUUCGGGAAGCGCAAGUUUGGGAUCAGCACACCUUCUGCUAACCCUGCAAGUUGGGAGGCCGGCCAUGGAACAAAAACCGAGUAUGCGCAUCUACUUCAUGAGACGACCACCGAGCACGACGGCGGAGUGUCGAGCGAUCUACCGGAGAUGCCGGAGUGGGUCAAAGCAGGCGUUAAGUACGCUUGCCAGAGACUGACUCCGAAAACGAAUCCGAACGAUCCCUUCAUCGCACUGCUAAAGCAGAUCAAGCUCGGGAGGCUGUUGACAAACGACGAGAUUGGUGUUCGAGCGUACAGCACUUCCAUCGCUGCACUGGCGGCCUACAACCACAAGAUCAGCAAUCCACGAGAGAUCCUGGCUUUACCUGGCUGUGACCACAAGAUUGCAAAUCUCUACGUUGAAUGGCAGAAUACUGGUAGAAUCCAGGCUGUGGAGGAGUUGGAAAGCAAUCAAGACUUGAAGAUCCUCAACGGCUUCUACGAUAUAUGGGGUGUUGGCGUGACCACCGCCAGAGACCUUUACUACAACAAAGGCUGGACGGAUCGCGACGACUUGAUCGAGUUUGGCUGGAGCUAUCUCUCGCGUGUUCAACAGAUUGGUGUGAAGUUCUACGACGAAUUCUUGGACCUCAUUCCACGAGUUGAGGUCGAAUCCAUUUGCGAGGUCAUCCGUGAACAUGCCGUCAGAGUCCGCGAUGAUGGCAUUCAGACCAUGAUAGUCGGAGGGUAUCGUCGCGGUAAGGAGGCCUGCGGAGACGUCGAUUUAAUUCUCAGCCAUCCAGACGAGAGCAAAACGCUUGAUCUCGUUACCGAUCUUGUCGCCAGCCUGGAGGAAGAAGAAUGGAUCACGCAUACUCUGACCAUCUCCCUCAGCGGGACCAAGCGAGAGCAGAAGCCGCUCCCUUUCCGCACCGAUGGCGGUGGCCAUGGCUUCGAUACUUUGGACAAAGCGCUGGUGGUGUGGCAGGACCCAACCUGGCCGACAAGAGACAAAGACCUUGCCGAGGACCCGCAGGCCAAGAAUCCUAACAUCCAUCGGCGGGUAGACAUCAUCGUCGCGCCGUGGAGAUCAGUCGGCUGCGCGGUCCUCGGCUGGAGUGGAGGCACAACAUUUGAGAGGGAUCUGCGGCGGUAUGUCAAACAUGAGAAGGGUUGGAAAUUCGAUAGUUCUGGCGUGAGAGAUCGAGGGAAUGGAGAGGUGGUGGACAUUGAAGGGUUCUUUGAAUGGGAGGGAGUGAAAGCUGAGCAGGGAAGAGCCAAGACGAUGAGGGAGGCGGAGAGGAGGGUCUUCAAGGGGAUGGGAUUGGAAUAUCGUGAGCCUUGGGAGCGCUGUACUGGAUAG